UUAAAGUUAAAAAUUAUAGAUCUUAUUUAAAUUCUGUUGCAGCUCAGAACUUUGCUGAAGCAAUUGUGCAUGUAAUUGAAACAAGUCUUAUUAAUGAAAUUAAGUUGUCAGUUAAUUGGAGUAUAAUGAUCAAUGAAAGUACUUCAAUAGAUGAAAAGCAUCUUGUUAUUGCUUCUCAACAUAUAGCAUUCAAUACAUCUAUUAUUCAUUACUUAGAAUUAAUUAAAUUAGAAGAUUGUAAAAGUAAAAGUAUUAUGAAAACAUUGGAAACAUUUAUAAUUACAAAAAAUUUAAGUAUUAUGAAUAUUUCACAUUUUGGUAAUGAUGGUGCUUUGAUGAUAACAGAACAAGAUGCAUCUAAAACAGUUCCUUAUUUUAAAGAAUAUGAAACUAUUUGUCGAUCUCUUUAUAAUUAUUUUAGUAGCUCAUAUAAGCAAAUGUUAAAUCUAAAAAUAAUUCAAAAGACUAAUAAAGAUCCACAAUUAAAUUUUCUUAAUAUCAUUAAUACUCGAUGGCUCUCUAUGUUGAAUGCUAUUAAUAAUUUACAUCAAAUUCUUGAUUCAGUUAAGGAUGCAUUAAAUUAUGAUAUUAUAACUGUUGAGAAUAAACAAGAUAAAAAAAAAACUGAAGAAUUAUUAAAUAAUUUAGACUCAAAUUUUACUUUAAUUACAAAAUUUCUUGCAAAUUUAAUGUUUAUUUUAACAAAACUUAUUAAUCUAUUUCAACGAGAUUCAAUAAUAAUUUCUGAUGUUCAAUUUAAUCUAAACAUAACAAUUUCAGCAAUUACAACACAAUUUAUUGGAUAUGAAAAUAUUACUCCAACAUAUAGAACAUUUCUUCAUGAAUAUAUGGAUAUAAAUUUUAUAAAUUCAACAUAA